AUGGAGUUUGUCAACUCUAAGGUGUUCAAGAAUGCUAUUAGGAAGCAUUCUGUUAUAACAAAGAAGGAGCUUAGAUUUAAACCAAACACAAGGCACAAGGUGUGUGUUGUCUGCAGGACAUCCCCUAACUAUCCAUGGAGGAUUUAUGCAUCAAACACCGAUAUAGACAACCCCACCUUAUUCAUCAAAAGUUUGUGGCUUGAACACACUUGUAGUUCACUUGUUGGGAAGGUCUACCAUAUGCAUGCUCCCUUCAUUGCAGAAGAAUAUCAAGAGUUUUUUAUGAGUGAUCCAAAUUGGACAAGGGAAGGCAUGCAGAAUGCAAUUAACAAAGACUUUGACAUGUCAGUUGGAUAUCAAAUAUGUUAUCGAGCCAGGAUGAGAGCCAAGAAGCUAGCUCAAGGCAGCUAUAAGGACCAGUACAAUUUGUUGGAAUCAUAUGCACAUGAGCUCAAGAAGAGGAAUCCUGGAACUUCAGUAUGGAUACAAACUGAACUUGAUGGGGAGAUAACUGUGCACAAAGGUCAGCUCCUCUCUGCAGUUGGAAUAGAUGGAAAUAAUGGAAUACAUCCAAUAGCAUGGGCAAUUGUGGAGGCAAAAAGCAGGGAGAGCUGGAUAUGGUUCUUGGAGUUCUUGAAGGCAGAUCUUGACAUCCAUCACUCAGGGCAUUAUACUUUUAUGAGUGACAAGCAAAAAGGCCUUGAGCAGGCCAUUAAAGAGUUGUUUCCGGAUGCUGCACAUAGGCAUUGUUUGGAGUUGAAACAGAAACUGUGGGCAGUGGCUAGAAGCUGUACUAUGAAUACCUUUAUGGAGGCAAUGGAAGAUUUGAAGAAAAGCUCACUUAGUGGAUGGCAAUGGUGCUUGGACAGGCCAGCCAAACAUUGGUCAAAGUCACACUUUGACCAUAAAUUCAAGUGUGAUUUUCUUUUGAAUAACCACAGUGAGAACUUUAACAAGAGUGUGCUGCCAGCAAGGAAGAAGCCUAUACUUGCAUGUUUGGAAGAAAUUAGAUUAGCAACCAUGGUCAGAUUAGCAAACAGAAGGAAUUCUAGCCCUAAUUGGAAGUGCAAAGUUGGACCAAGAGUGGAGAAGUAG